AGUGGUAGGGAGCUGAAGCUAAACCAUUCCAAAACCCUAACCCUAAUGGGUUCGGAUGCGAGGGACUGGGACGAAGAUGGGUAUAGAAACAGCAUAUUGAAGGAAAGAGAGAUCCAAACACGAACCGUUUUUAGAGCCAUAUUCGCACCCUCACAAAACCCUAACCCGGACGUCAUCGUCGUGGCCUCCAGUGAUGGAACGCUUGCCUCCUACUCCAUCUCCUCCUGCAUCUCUCAAUUGCAGUCGGGUUUCGGCAAUGCUAGGCCUCGGAAGUCUUUGCUCGGUCUGCCGGUGGCUGAACCCAAUUGCUUCCUUCAAGGGCAUGAUGGGCCUGCAUACGACGUCAAAUUUUAUGGGGACGGCGAGGAAUCAUUGUUAUUGAGUUGUGGUGAUGAUGGUCGGAUUCGUGGAUGGAGGUGGAAGGAAAUUACCCAAUCAGAGGUGCAUAUUCCUUUGCAAGGAAACCAUGUGGAGCCGGUACUGGACUUGGUCAAUCCUCAACAUAAAGGUCCUUGGGGUGCUCUUUCUCCUGUUCCUGAAAACAAUGCAAUUGCUGUUAAUGCUCAGUCGGGAUCUGUUUUUGCGGCUGCUGGUGAUUCUUGUGCAUAUUGCUGGGAUGUGGAGAAGAGUAAGAUAAAAAUGGUCUUUAAGGGGCAUUCAGACUAUUUGCACUGUAUCAUUGCUCGUAACUCCAGCAAUCAGAUCAUAACUGGUUCAGAGGAUGGGACUGCACGAAUAUGGGAUUGCCAGAGUGGAAAGUGCAUUCAAGUAAUUGAUGCAAAGAAGGAUAAGAAGCCUAAAGAAAUUUUCUCUUGUGUUAGUUGCAUUGCUCUUGAUGCAAGUGAGAGCUGGUUGGCUUAUGGUAGGGGUCGGAGUUUAUCUGUCUGGAAUCUUCCUGCUUGUGAACGUGUUACAAGGGUCUCAACUCAUGCUUCUUUCCAAGAUAUAGUGUUUGAUGACAAUCAAAUUUUAGCGGUGGGAGCGGAACCUCUACUUAGUCGUUUUGACAUAAAUGGCGUGAUUCUUUCACAGAUACAAUGUGCUCCUCAGUCAGCCUUUUCAGUGUCCCUACAUCCAUCGGGUGUUACUGCUGUUGCUGGUUAUGGAGGUGUGGUAGAUGUUAUCUCCCAGUUUGGAAGCCACUUGUGCACGUUCCGCGGCAGAAUCCGAGGAGUUUGGGAAACCCUAAACCGCUUCAAAAUCAAAGCUCAAGUCUCUCUUGUUCUCUCUCAUCUCUCUCUUCCAAUCAGCUCUCUCGCUCUUCGUCGAUCGUCACAUCUUUCAGUCAUGGCAGGCGUAGCACCAGAAGGAUCGCAGUUCGAUACCCGUAAUUAUGAUGCCAAAAUGACUGAGCUGCUUUCAACUGAUGGACAGGAUUUCUUCACAUCUUAUGAUGAGGUUUAUGAUAGUUUUGAUUCUAUGGGUUUGCAAGAGAAUCUUCUCAGAGGCAUUUAUGCAUAUGGUUUUGAAAAACCUUCUGCAAUUCAGCAAAGAGGAAUUGUUCCCUUUUGCAAGGGACUUGAUGUAAUCCAGCAAGCUCAGUCAGGAACAGGAAAGACUGCAACUUUCUGCUCUGGUAUCCUGCAGCAGCUUGAUUAUGGGUUGGUGGAAUGUCAGGCCUUGGUUCUGGCACCCACUCGUGAGCUUGCACAACAGAUUGAGAAGGUCAUGCGAGCACUUGGUGACUACCUUGGAGUGAAGGUACAUGCGUGUGUUGGUGGGACCAGCGUCCGUGAGGACCAGCGCAUUCUUUCAAGCGGUGUUCAUGUUGUCGUUGGCACACCUGGUCGUGUAUUUGACAUGCUGCGAAGACAGUCCCUUCGUCCUGAUUACAUUAAAAUGUUUGUGUUGGAUGAAGCAGAUGAAAUGCUCUCUCGAGGUUUCAAGGAUCAGAUCUAUGAUAUUUUCCAACUCCUGCCAUCAAAAGUUCAAGUUGGAGUGUUCUCUGCCACAAUGCCACCCGAGGCCCUUGAGAUUACAAGGAAGUUUAUGAACAAACCUGUAAGGAUUCUUGUGAAGCGUGACGAGCUCACCCUUGAAGGUAUAAAGCAGUUCUAUGUCAAUGUUGAUAAGGAGGAGUGGAAACUUGAGACACUCUGUGACCUUUACGAAACCUUAGCCAUUACCCAGAGUGUCAUCUUCGUGAACACCCGACGCAAAGUUGACUGGCUGACUGACAAGAUGAGGAGCCGAGAUCACACAGUCUCAGCCACCCAUGGAGACAUGGACCAAAAUACUAGAGACAUUAUCAUGCGGGAAUUCCGUUCUGGGUCUUCUCGUGUUCUUAUCACCACUGAUCUUCUGGCUCGUGGUAUUGAUGUCCAGCAAGUCUCCCUUGUCAUAAACUUUGAUCUCCCUACCCAGCCCGAGAACUAUCUCCAUCGUAUUGGGCGUAGUGGACGGUUUGGGAGAAAAGGUGUUGCCAUUAACUUUGUGACCAGGGAUGAUGAGAGAAUGCUGUUUGACAUCCAAAGGUUUUACAAUGUGGUAAUCGAGGAGCUGCCAUCAAAUGUUGCUGAUCUCCUCUAAUGAGAUUUUGUCCCUUGGGUCAUUAGUAGAGAAAGGUAAGUGUCGGAUUCUAUUUGGCAAAGACUAUUUAAUAUGCUUUUUUUUUUUUUUAUAAUCAUGUUUAAUAGGUCUAGUGUCUAAAUUUAAGAUGUUUGAAUUACUGUCGAGUGAUAUGGCUACUGCAUAUGUUUGCAAUGUGGAGUCCAUUACAUGCUUGUGUGUGAUGGGCAUCUGUUGCCAAAUUUCUUGCAGCUAAGGUUUGUAUUGUAUGUGUCUUUAUAUAUUGCUCGGACUAUAGUUUUCUCUUCAUCAGUUUGCUUUUC